CUGAUCAGAGUCCAGAUUAAAUUAAAGUUGAUGCUUGUUUUCAGCCACGAGACAUAAUUUGAUAGGACCAACUGACUUGCAGCUACGAUGCUGACAUUGCUGUUGCUGCUGAUUCUGUCUUCAGUCGGUCUGUCGAAAAAUCUGAGCUCACAGGAUGGAAAUGUCUCCUCACUGAGUCCAGAUCUUGAGGACGAAGUCCCUGAAAUCCCUGCAAAAAUAUCAGUGUUAGCAUCACAACAAUUUCUGGCGAGUUUCAGGGCUUCCAGGAUAUCCCGGGAUACCCUGAACCCUGUUGAUCAUGGAAAACUGAAAUGGAAAACAUGGAACAGUUAUCUCCCAGAUGGAGCUGUUUCCAUUUACAAUGAAUACACUAAACGUGAUGAGUAUGUCUGCAGAUUUGGAUGCCAUAGUGGCUUCUUCAUCCCCGGCGAUGAUGUAGAAUUCGCGUCUCAAUAUCCCGAUUAUGCAUCCGCUGAUACUAAAUGCCAAGUCCCCAAUGACGGCUCCGAGGUUAGUGCCAGUGAUUUUGAGAUCCUUGUGAAUGAAGACAACUUUGAGAUCCUGGAGUGGAAGGACGGUUAUUAUGGUUCAGUGCCCCAAAACUCAGUCAGAACAUGUGCUGAUUCAGAAAUCUAUGUCGGGAAAAACAAGUACGGUCUUGGGAAGGUGGAUCCUAAGCAACAAUGCUUCUUCCUCCCCUGGGGAGGUAGUGAGUACUGGUACAGGAGCUACAAGGUCCUGACCAUCAACAAAGAUGUUGAGAGCAACUUCAUGACCGACAUCAGGUACCACACUGAUGAUGCUAAAAUUGUCUCGUACCCUCCUGAGACGAUGCACACAUCUGUUGUCAUCAAUUAUGAUUGUAAUCAAGCAACAAAGUCAGCUGAUCUCAGAAACACAAUCCAGGAGCAGAAAAGGUGGGACCUCAGCUCUUCCAUCACACUUGGUGUCAAGACAGAAUUCAAAGUAGGGAUCCCCAGUAUCGUGUCCGGAGGUGUUGAGAUCAGCACGGAGAUCAUGUUUCAGGCCUCAGGUGGAAAUUCUGUGACAAAAGAAAUCUCCCACUCUCUUACAGUGAGCCACCCUGUCCCUCCAAACCACUCCUGCACAGUGCGAAUGGUGGGUCAUAAGUAUAAGACAGACAUCCCUUUCACUGCACGCUUCAGACGCACCUACAGGAACGGGAAAACCAAAUGGACGUCCAUCUCUGCAAAGUACGACAGCAUCGCGGUUGGGGAAGUUCAUGCUGUGGUAGAUCGGUGUACACCUGUAGGUAACGCCACCCCUUGCCCCCAGAGAACGUCAUGAGAUAGUUGACAAUCAGUCUGUAGCAUCAUUAAAACUCUCAUGUAAUUCUGAUUCUAAUUCACAGUCUGUUCCACAAAAACAAAUGUGUGUCGAUACAAUACCUUAGAUAUGUAUACAAAUACACAUUCAAACAUA